AUUAAUGCUAGCAGCUUUAACUGCUGGCAACAAUUACCGUAUUUUUCGCUCCAUAGUACAGGAGCUGACCAGAGACUGCGGACAUAGUACAGGAGAUGACCAGAGACUGGACAUAGUACAGGAGCUGACCAGAGACUGCGGACAUAGUACAGGAGAUGACCAGAGACUGCGGACAUAGUACAGGAGAUGACCAGAGACUGCGGACAUAGUACAGGAGAUGACCAGAGACUGCGGACAUAGUACAGGAGAUGACCAGAGACUGCGGACAUAGUACAGGAGAUGACCAGAGACUGCGGACAUAGUACAG